ACGUAACCAAUUGCUUCUAAGUUUGAAUAAUUCGUGAUAAAUAUCUCAGAUAAUUGCAUUGCGAUAUCGAUAAUAUGAAAGAUUCUAUCGUUUAAUAGAAGUUGCUAACAUCGACUCGGAGACGGUGGAGGAUUCAAUUUUGAUUUAAGGACCAAACAGAUCAUGCGCCCGACGGCCGCGCGUUCAAAUCGAUCGUCCGUACAUCAUCUCAAGUCAUCCUCGAUCCCAAGCCCAUCGACAACGUCGUCCCUUUAUCAUCAUCAACAGCAGCAGCAACAGCAAAUUCUGUAUGCUCCUGUCAGUAGCCCAAUGGUGACUCUUCAAUCGUGUGGAACAGCACUUCAUCCUUCGUGCGUUUAUCCGAACGUUCAGUCUCACGUUAUUUCACCGAAUUCCGCCCAUUUACAACUUCAAGGUAAAAAUAACCGAUGGCACGCCAAGAACAAGCCGUCCCGCGGUCAACAAUAUUGUCAACAGCAGCAGCAGCAGCAGCAGCAGCAGCAACAGCAACAGCAACAGCAACAGCAACAGCAACUCUCGUACAAUCCAAAACCUGUAGUACUUUUCGAUCAACCACCUACCAGUGUUGCAUCGAUUCCUCCAUCGACCACAUCCUUUUUAGUAGCAUCAUCUACAUUCACCCAUGCUGGACCGUUGCACAAUGAGCAUUACAGUAACAAUUCUGGAGUGACGCAUCUAUUACCGCAGCCCUUCAAUUUUAAACCGCCCGAUAUGCAGACUCUCUGUCUCAUCCAAGAUCGACAGAACAUUCAGCAACAGCAGCAGCAGCAACAGCAGCAGCAGCAGCAGCAGCAGCAACAACAACAACAGCAUCCAAUGCAGAAUUCCUACUAUAAUAUCUCGGCUACAAAUACUUGCAGUCUGCAAACCGCCAACUCGUCUUUUCCGCUUGCCAAUUCUUAUACCAGCUUCAACAACAAUCAAUUUCCAGUAACAGUGCAGUCCUCUCCACUCUUUUCGAAUCCGCCUGUUGGUUUAAUGCUUGCACCACCACGAGGAGACAAACCUUCGUCCACAUUAGAUUUCACACCGUUCAAGCAUAAUGCAGACAAGACAUCGAAUGCCUGCGAGUCUCAAGUCAUUCCAACCGGUCAGAGUGAGAAUGGCUGGCCUUCUCAGACUGAAACGUUUUCGAAAAACGACACGCAAACUGUCACAGAAAAUAACAGAAGCCUCGAGUCUGCCGAGUGUGCUUUGCAGAAAUCUUUCUCUGUCGUCGCGAAGACGGACGAGGAACAUUACUCUGAUGAGUCUUCGAAUAGCUUUGACUUCACCAUCGAAGCCGAGAAAAUGGUCUCUGCUUUGUGUAACACCACGUCUUCGAACGAUUUAGGAAAGGAGGAAUCGAAGCCUGGCAACAAGAUUGAUUCUAUGUUGUUCAACGGUGCAGGCGACAAUAUGUCUAACAAGACGAACUGUUUUAUAGAUUUCUGCUCUGAAUUCGAAAACAGAACGUCGAUAGGCGUUCAAACGGAUGAUUUGAGUGUCGAUAGAUCGCAAUAUCCAGAGUUGAUUCGAAAAACAGCUUAUUGGGGAUGCACUCAAGCUGAAAGUGUUCUCGAUUCUGAAGAUUUGCAAACGGAUUCUAAACGGAGCUGGUUAACUUGUCUGUCAUCUGCUACUAGGACGGCGAUCACAAAAUCCUCGACUUGCAUUCCGGUCUUUGCGGGGGAUCGAGUUUUUGCCGACGAUCUCAUAAACGCUCUUCUACGCAUUAGCAAUGGAUGGCUGAGCCUUGAUAAUUAUCUGAAUAAACAGCAUUUUCCUAAUUUGCUGGACAGAUUAGAUCCUGAGUUGAUCGCGCGCUUUCAAACAUGGGAAGAGAGCACAUGCGAAUUACUGAAGCAAAUAGUGCGGACUUUUCAGAAGUUUGGAGAAAAUAAAGAGAUGAUGGAUCAGAAACGCAACAUGACAUCGUCAUUUCCAGGCGACGUGUCGCUUUAUACAACUUACAAUCUUUUCGUCCCACUGUUUUCGAGCUGUCUUUCUCAACAAAAUCUUGGAAAAUCUUCGCUGGAAAAACCAUGCAGCGCGACAUCGACAUCGUUACCAACGAGCAGUCUGCGUAAUUUUCGAUACAAUUCCAACUGUCAGCAGGAACAACAAUCGAUGAAUCCUAAAGAAAGCAAAUUGCGGAGCAAAUGGACGAUUACUGAGAAUUUAUCAUCCAUGAUUAACACCACAAAGUCCAUGCCGAACGUCUCCGUGUGUCACUCUGACAUCAGCAGUCUGGGAAGUCAUAAACUUCGCACGAAAGACGCAUUAUCUAAGAAAUUUGAUUUCACUCAGAAAUCGCUGAACGCCGAAUUUUGCCAGUUGAGAAACAAAGUAAUGGAAAGCAGCGCGGAUGCAAUGAAAGAUAGAAGACACGAUUACACGCCGGAAGAUAAACUUACGACAUUAAUCGAUAACACCGAAUCCAUCCGAUCUCAACAUUCAGCAACGAACGCUCCUAUGAGCUAUAGCGGACUGUAUGCGCGGAAUUGUUUGUCCUUCACGUUUCCUUUAUCCAGCCAUUCAGACUCUUCAUAUUCGACUUCCAAUUCAGGUGUUCCAACAUAUAGAGUCAGUUAUCCCACUUUCGGGCCUUAUCCUAAUACCGAUCCUAAUAUCAAUUCGAGAAGCAGCAAUAACACCGAACAGGUUUACGGAGUUAAAAACGCAAAUAUCAAUCCGGUUUAUGUCAAAUCACAAACUGAGCAAUUAGAACUCCCGGCUGUACCUAGAAAUAAAGUGAUUCUGCUCAGUCAGAUCGAGCCACGAACAUUCGAUAAAGAAUCCGAGGAAAUGGCAGCCAACUUGUCGGCUUGGUUCGCCAGCAUGCGAAACGCACAGCCUUCAGCGGCCACGUCAACCUUUGAGGAGCCAAGGACGAACGAGAACUCGGCACCGCGAUUAUUCAUUCAGGAGAUGCCCAAGUAUUCGAUGAUUAUAGCCAAGCAACCGCAGUUUGAUGCAAAUCGGCAGUUCCAGGCGUUGCAAAAUCUGCCGAACAUCCAGAGCACACCUUGGGCCGCUGGCAACUUCAUCGGCAAUCGUUUCCAUGCGCAACAAGCGCCUGAAGAGUAUGAUAGCUCUGAAGACGUGCGAGUGUACAUGAAACCGGGUAGCUAUAAUGUUCCUAAGAAGAGACAUCAAAGAAGACCCAAUCGUCGAUCAAGCAAUAGCACAUCUCGCAAUGUACACGCGAGCAAUCAUCACAAUAUGUGCGGUAAUAAUGGAAAAAGCGUAUCGAUACCAGCAUCAUCGACGCCUCUAUCUCACACGAACGCGACAACCUUGUCCACCAACAUCGGCAAUACCACGCUUAUAAAGACUUCGUUCCCGCCAGCUUCGCAAUUACCCGUGCCUCUAUUCAAUCUUGAGGGUUCACCUAGAAUCUUGAAACGUACAGAAUCUUUGUCGCAGGACACUCGUCAGGACGUCACCUGGAAAGCAGCGUGCGCCUCAGCUGAGAUACUUCUUGAAGCCCUUAACAUAAAGGACUGUGGUAAUACGUCUAAAAACGUCAAUUGCAACGAUAGUAACAGCGAGAAAGAAGAUAAAAACGAAGAUCCUGCUGAAGCAUUAACAAUCGUGUCGCAGCAGAGUGAUCCGAAAUCAUUGAAGCAUGAUAACACUGACUGUGCGUCUUCUUAUGAAGCCUCAGAGGAUGAUUCGGAAUCUACGUACAGACUAUCGCCUAGCAUGAGUGUAGUUUCAAUGUCUCAAUCGCGCGAGGAUGAGAAUGCUCUCGGUAUCAAGACCAAUGUGAAAACGGAUUCCUGGCUGAUCAGGACUCUCAAUAACGUGAGUAUCGUCGGUAAGCAGAAGCGACAUAGGGACGUAGAUCGACGAAGUUUAGAGUCUUCGAAUAGCUCGGAAAUUGACAUAAAACCGGACCAACUUGCAUCGUCGUUAACCACGGAUGCAGAUAUAAAGACUCAUGUGACAAUCAUCAAUAGCGAAUAUCCAGCGAUCUUCUCUCGUGAACGUGUCUCUAGUUCUUUCGCGAAGAAUGACGAAACAUCGACAAAAGAAUUGGAAAGUCAUGUCGGAAGAGCCACGUAUUCUGAAACGGUACGAAGAUCCAUGAAAACAAACAAUCUACACCUUGAAAAGAAAGAACCGCUGAAGUCGUGCGCGACCAAUUCAUCGGUAACUACCGUAAUACCAAUUCCUGGCCGCAAGUGUCAGAGGAACGACCCCGUACAAUCCUAUCAACUUCUACACAAAUCACGAAAAUCAACCGACAAGAAAACGAUGAAAAAUGCGGACAGCAACGAUUUGCAAUUGGAGGAGGGAUCGUGCAUGAAAGUCGGCACUGUCAGGGUAAAUAAUAUGUCAACUACCAUGAAAACAAAUCAUGGAAAGAAAAAGGAUAUGGAACAUUUGGAAGGCAAGUGCGCCAGCAAAUCGAGCGAUCGUGGCUGGACUGUGUGGUGUAGUUCCAGGAGAAAACAGAGUCUCAGUCCUCUGAUAUUCAAUAAGUUAGAGACAAUUCAUCGAACUAUCUGGCAGAUGGACGAGGCGAAGAUCAUCAAAUAUACACUCUCAUACGAUAAUAAGGACCAGUCUUCUUCCGCACUAAUAAUGGAAGAUUACUGCAAGAUUGUUAAGAGUCCAAUGUUUCUUGAGCUUAUCGAGUACAAACUGAAAAAUCGGAUUUAUCAUAAAGUCGAACACGCUGUACAAGAUUUUCGUCGCAUUAUUAACAACGCGAAAUUAGAUCAUCAGCACGAUGAUGAACAAAUAAAGAAGAUUGAGGUGCUUUCAAAGAAAUUGGAGGACUUACUCGAAGAACAUUUCGGCAAUUUGGACUUUGACAAUAUUACCGGCAGUCCGGGAGAAGAUUCAUCUAUGCAGCUGCGAUUUAAGACGUCUGGACAGAAAUUGAUUGCCGGACGCUACGAUAGCACGAAGAAAAGUAUAUCGAUCAUUGCGGAGGAUUCUUCGCUCUAUUGACUGUUGCUUU